AUGAGAUGGUUCAAAGCGUGCCUUCACGAUAGGUUGAAGCAAAGACGAAGAGGAGAAGUUGAAGUGCUUAACUGCGUUCGUCGCCAGGCCGGGUGGUUACUCCCUGAGUCAGCCCCGAAUUGCAGGAAGGAGCGCAAGGUGGAUGUACACUCCAUUCUUCGCGCAGUUAACCUCAACUCCUCUGCACUGCAUGCAACAAAUGCAUUGGAAACGCUGGGUCUCGUGGGGGCCCUCAGGUUGAGCGGGCGCCCCCAAAAGGCAGCGCUGUACGGCCCUUCGCGCCAUCGGCUUCUCUUUCUUGUACAAGAUGAGCAUACAGCUCAGAUGUGGUGCACAGCUUUGUCGCAGCUGCAUGCAAAGGGGGUUUCUUUGCUUAUGGCGGUAGACCUGGAGUGGAGCUGCGCCUCUCUGAAGCAUCAGCAGCAGCAGAUAGAGACUGAGAGACAAAAGAACGAGACGCCAGCCGCAGCCGCAGCCGCAGCAGCAGCAGCCACAGCAGCAGCAGCAACAGCAGCGACAACAGCAACAACAGAAGCAGCAGGUGGUGCAAGCCUUUCUCUGUUGCAGCUCUGUGUUGAGCGGCAAACGCCCAUAGAUCAAGGACCUCCCUCAAGAAACACAUGUAGUGCUGCUCCUGCUGCUGCUGCUGCUGCCUCUGCAGCAGACGCUGCAGGGUCUGCUCAUGCUGCAGCAACACCGACAACACAGCUACAAGAAGGUAAAGGAAAUGCUUGUAGAGUCGUGGAGGACCAACAUGGAACAGCAGCAGCAGCAGCAGCAGCAACUGCCGCAGCAGCAGCAACUGCAGCAAAAGGCAGUAUUGAAGCAGAAGUUUUUGCUGCAGUUGCUGCUGCAGCAGACAUUGGAUUCGUGGCUCUUUUUGACUUAAAAGAAAAUCCCCAGCAAAUGUUAAACCAUCUCAGACUCUUGCUAGAGGACCCGCAGCUGCCUAAAGUCAUGCAUGACUGCCGAGAAGACAGCGCGCUGCUCUUCGAUUCAUUUGGAGUUUAUUUGCAGGGGAUCUUUGACUCCGCUGUAGCAGCGCAGCUGCUGCAGCAGGCGAGGGGAGCGGAAGUCUUUCAACAAAGUUUAAAUGAUUUGCUGCUCGAGAGGCUACAAGUCGCGUGA